ACGCCAGACUCUGCUGGUGGGUUUGCGGCCUUGGAGAUCACAUUGGCGCGGGCGGCCUCGUACGUCUGCUCAGCCGUGGGAGGCUCCUGGCCUGCGUCCUCAGCGUCGGCAAUGGCGUUCUCGACGGCGUUGUCCAU